GCUCCUUCAGUUCGGAGCAGCGGGAGCCGGUGCGCCAACAUGCGGGCAGAGAGCAGCGAGCUGCGGGGCGCUGAGCGGCUUCACCGGGACCUGCUGACCCGGGGAGUCCAGGGCUGAGUCCAGGGCUGAGGCCGCCUUGUCCCGCGGGGACCCGAGUCCUGGACUGAGAGGAUCCGCUCCUCUCUGAGCUCUGACAAACUCUGGAGCGCGCCCGGUGCGCGGUGCGUGUGGUGCGCCCUCCAAGCUGCCUGCUGGAUUCCUGAGUCAAACUGUGAACUCCGCGCACUGAGUCUGAGUCUUUGGAUGAACUCCGCGCACUGAGUCUGAGUCUUUGGAUGAACUCCGCGCACUGAGUCUGAGUCUUUGGAUGAACUGUGCGCGCUGAGCUGUGGAGCCGCUGUGGACGCGCACUGAGGACAUGGAUAACUGUUACUUCUUUGCUGUGUUUCUGCUCGUUCUCUCUCUGGGCUUCAGGAUCGAGGAGGGCAUGUGCCAACACUAUUAUCUCCUCCGGCCCAUCCCCAGUGACACUCUGCCCGUGGUGGUGCUGAAGGAGAUCCCGGACCCGGUGCUUGACCCUAAGGAGAAGGACCUGAAUGAGACGGAGCUCCGCAGCGCGCUGGGCAGCCACUUCGACCCGCACUUCAUGUCCGUGUCCUCCCCGGAGGACAAGUACUCGGGGAACGAGGAUGUGAGCGAAGCAGAGAUGAGACAGAAACUCUCCGGGCUGAUGCCCAAAGACAUCCGGGCCAUGGAGUUCGAGGUGCAGCACGGGAAGAAGCAGAAGCCGAGUAAGAAGCUCCGGAGGCGGCUGCAGCUGUGGCUGUGGUCGUACGCGUUCUGCCCGGUGCUUUACGCAUGGAACGACCUGGGCAGCCGGUUCUGGCCGCGAUACGUGAAGGUGGGGAGCUGCCUCAGUAAGAGGUCCUGCUCGGUGCCGGAGGGGAUGCUCUGCAGACCCUCCAGGUCCACUCACUUCACCGUCCUGAGGUGGCGCUGUCUGCAGAGGAGAGGCGGCCUGAAGUGCGCCUGGAUCCCGGUUCAGUACCCGGUCAUCUCAGAGUGCAAGUGCGCGUGUCCGAACUGACCCUCAUCGUUAUCUUUAUAGACAAACUGACAAACACUGAAUCUUAAUAGAAAAUUGAAAAAACAUUUUAUUACAAAUCAUUACAAAUCAGAUUUUUUUAAGAUAACUGGUUAAACCCGUUCUUUUUACAGUGCACUGUCCAGUGUGAGAAUGUAAAUGUGAUGUAAAUGUUUAUAUCUGAUGAACUUCAUCAUUAUUAUUAAUCAUAUUAUCUGAUCAACUGUAUUUGAUUGUAUCUGUUUGUAUUUAUGAAGAAUCAACAUGUUCAGUUACUUUCUGUGUUUAAUUAAUUGAUCAGUGAUGAUGAUUCAAAACUUCAGAUUCUGUAAAAUACAAAUAAAACGCGGCUUCACUCAAAAUGUAUUUUUUCUCUUUAUAUCACCUCUUAAGAGGUGGAGGAAGUAAUCAGAUUACUAAACAAGGUAAAAAUAUGACAUGUCCUGCAUUUAAAAUGUUACUCGAGUAAAAGUGAAGUACAGAGAGUAUUAAAGAGUCAUUGUUAUUUAUUAAAUAAGCUGCUUUAGACUUCUACUGAAUAUUUUAUUCCCUGAUCAGUUUAUUGAUUGAUCGACUGGUUUGUACAGAAGAGAGAAAUGUUCAACAGCUCAAACUUCUGAAUCAUUGAACAUCGAAGAGGUUCAUCAAUAAACUCCUGAGAGAUUCAUAUUUACUUCUAAUUGAUUAUUGAUUGAUGACUCAUAUAUCGUGUUGAGCCUUUCCUUUAUUAAAAUGUUUGUAUCUUCA